AUGUCAAUUGAGUCCCUUAAUAUACCAUCACGUGGAUUAGAAGAAGGAUUAACGUUAAUUAACGCUGCUAUCCAUACUUUCACUCCGUUUAAUAUGGCUGACGGUCCAACUCGAUGGCGUUAUGCUGUCGCCUAUACGAUUGAAGCAAUUGAGGCAAUUAUCUUCUACACAAUUUGGAUGAAAGACAAAUCGAUUCAUUUUCCGUACAAAAUCGAAGCUGCAGCGUUAAGUGGUAUAUUAUUUCUAGUAGGUAUUUGUAUGAUGAUUACAUAUUAUUCCUGUUUUCAUCCGAAUCGUCGACGACACAUCCGUAUACCAACCGAGGAUGAUGAAAAUUUGCAAUCAUCUUGA